AUGGCUGAGGAUGACGGAAUGAUGCUUUUAAACCUGGACACAAGUUUCAGCGGCGACUUUGGGCCCCAAACGACCAAGAUAAGUGGUGGAAAGUGGAAGGAUCGCAGACGGGCUAAAAGUCAGCUCAAGUCGGCUAACCGCAAGACUAAGAGCGAUGAGACACCAGCUAAGACAACUUUGAAGCGUACUAGAGCCGGAGGGCCCGAAAUGUCCACGAAAAGAGUGCAAAAAUCGGACUCAAGAAACGGCAAUAAUGGCGACCAGUUUGUCUCAUCGCUGUUUACCGCUAAUAGAAGCAUGGUCACCUCGAAAAAUAGCAACGCGCACGAUGAAGGCUCCCAGAUCGAUCCAUCUAACGCUCCUCUGCUUCAGGACUCGUUUGAAGCUCUCGGGGUCGCAGCUCCGUUGCUACAACUGCUGAAUGAUAAAAUGCGCAUUUCGAAGCCCACUAGGGUCCAAAAAAUGAGCAUUCCCACGCUACUGGGGGCUCAAAAUGACGUUUUCGUGCAUGCACAAACUGGUUCCGGUAAAACAUUGGCGUUUCUGCUACCUAUCUUGACCCGGAUUCUGGCCAUGGACGAGCGUGUUGAUCGCCAAUCUGGCUGUUUCGCCAUGAUUAUCACGCCAACGCGUGAGCUGGCCUCGCAAAUUUACUCUGUGAUGCUUGCGUUGACCCAAUGCUGCCAUUAUCUAGUCCCUUGUUUGCUUAUUGGUGGCGAGCGUAAGAAAUCCGAGAAGGCCAGACUGCGCAAAGGUUGCAAUUUCAUUGUUGGUACGCCAGGCCGUAUCUUAGACCACAUAGAAAACACUCAGGUUAUCAAGGAGCAGCUUGCAUCGACAUUGAGAUAUCUGGUUCUGGACGAAGGUGACAAACUCAUGGAGCUGGGGUUCGAGGAAACCCUAACAAAGAUCAUCAGUUUUAUCCACGAGGUACCUAUAGAUCACUCUCGGUUUCCACAGCUUCCAAAGCGCAUUGUUCACACCAUGUGCAGUGCCACACUCAAAGGAAGCGUUACUAAACUAGGGAAUGUGGCUCUUGAGGACUACAAAUUAAUCAGUAGCGGCCAGAAGCAACAGGAGGUCAACACUGUUCCUGAUCAAUUGUUACAGAGUAUCAUUGUCGUACCUCCCAAACUGCGAUUGGUAACAUUGGCUGCACAGCUAAGCAAUAUUACUGCGAAGCACAUUGCUGCUGAAGUUCAGGAAACUACCCGAACGAUUGUGUUCUUGUCAUGUUCUGACAGCGUUGAAUUUCAUUUUGACGCAUUCUCUAACGACAAUGGUAGGAGUGGGGCUUUAGUUGGCGGCUCUGCAGGAGCCCUUUCUGGUAAUUCUACAUCGCUGCCUUGUCUAUCGCAAGUCACAGCGCCGUCAGUGGUAUGCUACAAGCUCCAUGGUUCGUUGUCGCAACAAAUUCGUACCGCAACGCUGCAAAGCUUUUCCAGCGAAUCAGACGCUACUCGCGGAAAGCAUUUGAUAAUGUUCUGCACUGACGUCGCUAGUAGAGGUUUGGAUCUGCCGCGUGUCAGUUCCGUGUUGGAAUUAGAUCCACCUUUCGCAGUGGAAGAUCAUUUGCACCGAAUUGGACGUACCGCUCGUGCAGGUGUGAGCGGUGAGUCAUUUUUAUUCCUGCUACCUGGCGAAGAGGAAGGUUAUAUGGACUACAUCAAGCCAUACCAUCCAAAAGGCUGGAAACUAUUGAAAUUUGAUCAAGACAUCCUAAAACCUGCGUUCAUGGACUCGAACGUUUUGAGGAGCGACAAAAAAACUGGCAAGGACGUUUCUUCUGAGUGGGACAACAAUGCCACCACUUGGCAUCUCAACGUUGAGAGAAGAGUUCUUGAAGAUCCUGCGUUCAAGGAAAUUGCUGUCAAGGGCUACAUGAGUCACAUAAGAGCAUAUGCGACGCAUCUUUCCCAGGAGAAGAGUUUUUUCAACGUUAGAUGUCUGCACUUGGGCCAUUUGGCCAAAAGUUUUGCAUUGAGAGAAAGACCGAAAGCCAUGGGUGCCUCUAGCUCUCAUAAUAAAAACGGUGAAGCUACUACGAAAAAACCUAAAGAAGACGCGAGGUCUAAGAUGCUUCGCAUGGCAAACCUAGCUCUACGUCAAGGCCAGAACGAAUUCAACUACUGA